UGUUGAUGCACCAUAGUUUGUUUGUGUUCCAUGUAUGCUGCAUUCUCCAGCGGGGCUAAACUGUGAAGCUAACCUUCAAUUCUGGCUCUUCAUCAUGAUGCAUAUUCGAAAUAGCUGGCACUAGUCACCCGAUGGAGCUCUCGCCACAUUGUUCACCCCCUUGUGUACCGCCACAUUGAGAUGCACAAUGUACGACCCUUGUUAUACAUGCCGGCGCCGGCGUAUCCAAUGUGACCAAUCACAAACUCCCUGCAAGAAAUGUCUGAAAGCUGGACUAGAAUGCUAUGAUAAGAGGCCCCUCAGAUGGGUCAAAGGCGUGGCUAUUCGAGGCAGGCUGCAGGGUUUAACGGUGAAGGAUGCGUCAGCACCCUCGGCAGCCUUGGCAACGUUGGAUCGGGUUCCAAGGAAAAAAGGUAGUAAGGUAAUAUCGUCUGUUUUAGUUAGACGCGAUCAGAAUGACCAUACUGAUACUGUUGAUGAUGGAGCGAGCCUAUCAUUGGCUUUGGAGGCUGGUCCUAUCUCAAACUUGGAUCGGACAUCCAGGUAUUACCUCGACUAUUACAACGAUCAAAUAUGCAAAGUAUUCAUCGUAUAUGACAGCGAGGAGAAUCCCUUUAGAAGGCUUAUAUCUCUGGCUGUGAAUAAUUCAGUACUAAUGAAGGCGGUCCUCGCCCUCGCGGCACGCCACAGGGCCCAUUCCGGUUAUUCCUUCGAGAAUGCUGUAGUGGGGUCUUCCCCAGACCUCCUGCAGAUUCACCAAGAUGCGCUGGUAUUCAAACACCAAGCUAUACAAGGGCUGACGCACGCUUUGAACAAUCCGACAAUAUCUGAGCAGGACACCACAGUAGCUUCAAUUUUCCUUCUUAUUUUCUUAGAUCUUCUAGAGUCCGGAAGCGACAAAUGGAAUUUCCACCUUGAGGGCGCUAAGAGGCUGAUUACCAACGGUCAAUUACAUAAGUUGCAAGCUGGAAAGCCCCAGGAUCCAGGACGAACUGUGGAGCAAAUAAGAAAGUUCAUCAUCAAACAAAUUCAUGUGAUUGAGACCCUUGGAGCAACUUUUGUCCGUCCAAAAUUACUAUCUGGUUGCACCUCAUUAGACCAUCCAGAAUCCUUACUCCACGAAACAGUUGAACAAUCAUUCAUUGGGUGUCCCGAGUACUUAUUACAUGCCGUCCAAUGUCUUUCAGCCUAUCGGGACGGUAUGGUCGAGCCCCAGCCACCGACUUCUACAACCAGUAACACGCACAUGCAAGAUAUAACAAGCGUGCUUGAUCUAAUACAGAAAUUUGAUUGUUACACCUGGGCUUCGAAUCUACCCGAGUCACAGAAGACCUCGUCGCGAUAUCUAACCAACCUCUGCAAACUGGCACAGUCAUACAAACUAGGGGCUCUCAUCUAUGGUCAGCGUGUCUUGGAUGCUCUCCUCGGUGUGACUACCCCACAAGAGGAGCUCGUCUCUGAGUUAAUAGGCGUCAUUGAUGCGUUAAGAGACGACAGGAGGUUAUUAAAAUGUGUUCUUUGGCCGAUAUUCGUAGCUGGCCUCGAAUGCCGGUCGCAGGCCCAGCGUGACUUUCUAAUCACUUCCUUGGAGAACUUCUGGAUGGACACGAACUGUUUAAACGUGGUCAAUGCAGCCAAGGCAUUGCAGUCUUACUGGCAAAAGACCGACAAACAGGAGUCCUCCACACAAUGGAUUUUUGACAUUGGAGACCUGGAUCAUGACUGGCUUUUCAUUUAAGUUUUGACUCUGUAUUGAACUUAUUCGAUAUGCCAGUGAGCACUUUUUCGACAGCUAUAUUGUCGGCAAUUCGUCAAUUGUUUCAGAUUUGGGGCUUCUGAAUAUGCAACAACAGGCAGGUUUCAAUUUAUGACCCCUCAGAAACAAGGUUGAAACCCCAUCCGAACAGUGAGCCAAGAACUGUCGGGUCAAGGCCAGGUGCUGUACAUUCUUGAUAUACAGCUGAGGCUACAUUGAGGUUACCUACAUCUCGUGCAUCUUCUGACAGUCGCUUGCGAUGGUCUAAAUAUAGAAUAACACAGAAGUGGGCAAGUCAUACACCUUGGAUACUUAUACCAGGGCUUGGAGGGCUACGUUGAAACGUAUCAAAGACAACUCACAUAUAGAACAAACACUCAAAUAUCUAAUGUGACUUAAUAUAGGAUAAUACACCACUCUUCCACUUCAUGAAAA